ACUGGGUACGGAACCCUCAUCCCUCUUGAGCCACGCCCAAUGUUCCUCCUUCCUGAGUACUCCUCUCCCUCCGCUUGGACAACUGCUAUCGCUCGUAAAGGCAACCCCGCCUCAAAAGCCUCCAUCAACGGCUGGGAAGCAGUAAAAUGCGUCAUCAACGGUUCCGAAGUCCUCUUAGGCAACAUGCGCCGCAAAUACGCCGAAGAAGGCGGCAACAUCAAAGGCGAAUGGUGCGCCCAAGACGAAGAAAAAUACGCCAAAAAGAAGAAGAAGAAGAGAAAGAACUCGAUGAGUCACAUGAUGAGCAGGUUCAAGAGUGCGGCUGAGCCUAGUCCGGCCAUGAUCGCGGCUAUGCAGCAGGCGGCGAGGGAGCAGCAGGAUGAGAGGGCACGGCAGCGCGCACAACAGGAUUUGGCGGAGUUGUAUUCGCAGAGAUCGGCGACGAGUGCUGCUGCUGCGCUCACUGCUGCUGCUUCAAGAGUCAACGGAAGCCGUCCUUCACAGAAUGGAAAUGGAACGCCGCAUUUAUCGCACAAACGCUCGCAUUCCAGCAUCGACGACUCCGGCGAUCUGGUCAAGGGUGCGGACGUGUUGCUGAGCAUCGCGUCCAAGAGCAAGAAAGAAUCACCAGAAGUCAAGAGUGAAGCCUCGAACCCGCCGGCCGGGCUCGAAAGUUUGGCCGUCGAAGCACUUCUUGGGAUGGGAACCCGUGUUGGUGCGUAAGUUAGGCGUGUGUGGUGUCAAAAGUACUAGUAUUUCUACAUUCUCUUUCGGCUUUUUGGAUAUCGGUGUGACGAGAGUGUUCAGUAUUAUAGCGGUUUGCUUUUUGUUUGCAAUUAUUCUUAGAGGAGGUUUUGAGGUUGGAGUACGCUGUUUGUUUGCUUUUGGGACUGUGAGAUAUCGAUCAAAAGUUAACGUUAAUAUCCCUAAAUAACACCUUGACCGGUUGUCCGCAGUCUAGGCAAUGAAAGUUCCGAUCAUUCGUCAAAAGAAAGUAUCGUGCUCCAGCAUCUUACGACUUCUUCAACACCCUCUAACAAGCACAUCCACCAGAGGAAGUACCA